AUGGCUACCAUUACGCAAACUGACACCGCUACGACGGAGCCUGUCUUUGAGCUUCGCGAUGUAACGAACCCAAGAGAUGGCUCACUUGACGACAAUCCACCUCAAUCAGCAUCCAACAAACCUAACACUGUAGAACUUCUCAAAAUAUUCAGUGCUGGCUUCUCAUUCUUCGUCGCAGGCGUCAAUGAUGGAAGUAUCGGCGCGUUGGUACCUCACAUCAUUCGCGACUACGAUGUCACGACCGCUAUCGUCUCAUCAGUAUAUGGCGCAAAUUUCAUGGGCUGGUUCUUUGGCGCCUUUUCAAACACUCACCUCUGUCAAAUGGUCGACCUUGGCUCCAUGCUUGCUCUAGGUGCUGUCCUGCAAGUCAUCGCCCACGCUCUUCGGGCUUGGAAACCGCCGUUCGCGCUAUUCGCUGUCACAUUCUGGUUGGCAAGCCUGGGGCAGGCCUAUCAAGAUACACACGGAAAUACGUUUGUCGCUGGAACAAAAGGUUCGCAUCGAUGGCUAGCAUUUAUCCACGCCAUGUACAUGGCCGGCUGUCUUGUCGGACCAUUUGUUGCGACAGGCAUAGCUUCAGUAGGAAGCACUUCAAGGUGGUACCUCUUCUAUACUUUCCCGCUUGCUAUUGGUGUACUCAAUGUUGCGUUCGUGGUCUAUGCGUUCUGGGAUACCCUCAAACUCAAGAGAAAACAGAAGCCGAGUGAGACGACACUGGAAGCUGACGAGUCCCCUGCAUCAAGAAAUGAAGACGCGUUAUCUCUGAUCAAGGAGACUCUCAGAAACAAGAAUGUUUGGCUCGUUAGUAUGUUCUUUUUCUUCUUCCUUGGCGCUACACUCACUGCCAGCGGAUGGGUGGUGGAGUACCUUGUUGAUGUGCGCAACGGUGAUCUCAACCAGAUGGGAUUUGUACCUGCUGGAUUCAGCGGAGGGAUACCCCGAGCCCUGGUCGUCGCUAAUAAUUCCAGCGUUCCAAAUAUUAUCGCUGCAUCCAUAGCAAUCAGCCUUCUAGGUUUCUUUAUGGGUCCAUACUUUGCAACAGGCAUCGACGUUGGUUCCAAAUUGUUCAACCCGCGCAUUCAAUCUACAGCUUUGGCAUUCGUUUUUGUUUUUGCUCAGCUUGGAGGCUGCAUGUUUCCCAUCAUCACUGGCCUUGUGGCAGCUAGUGCCGGCGUUGGAGUUUUGCAGCCUGUUCUUUGUGCCCUUUUGGUUGCCACAGCUAUCUCAUGGUUGUUUGUUCCGAUGCCCAAGGAGAGUGACAAUCCGACAUUGCACCAAGAGUGA